CUGUUGCACUCUAUAGUCUUCUCUUUACACAUUUGUCCUUCCUUACUCUGUUCUAAAGAUUUCUUCAGAAUUCAAUUUCUUCUAGCAAAGAUGGAAAGGUCUGAAUGUCUGUCAUCUCUUACGUACAAAGGCUCAAUUCCUGAAGCAAUUCUUGAAGCUAAAAACCAGAAGAAACUUUUUGUGGUUUACAUUUCAGGUGAUGAUGCUGAGUCAAAAAACCUGGAGGAUUCAACAUGGACUGACCUAAAAGUGAAAGAGUCAUUGUCAAAGUAUUGCAUUCUAUUGCAUAUCCAAGGAGGAAGCGCCGACACUGCAAAUUUUUCUGCCAUAUACCCGCAGAAAUCUGUCCCUUGCAUAACAGCUAUUGGAUACAAUGGUGUCCAAGCUUGGCAAAGUGAAGGGUCUGUCAGUGCUGAAGUUCUGGCAUCCAGUUUAGAGAAGGCAUGGCUGAGUCUUCAUAUCCAGGAAACAACUGUAACAGUCCUAACUGCUGCCCUUGCUUCAAAGAAAUAUGAAACAUCUACUUCUGGGGCUUCUACUGUUAGGCAGUCUGAGCAUGGAAGUUCUUCAAGUAAUUCUGUUCCAUCAAGCACAAUGAACGAGAGGUCCUUGGGGUCUAAAUCUGCAGUUAGUUCUGGGGUGAUAGAGGAAAAUUUUGUUAGUGAGAACACAGUUAAGGAGAAAAAUGCUGAAUCAGUUGACAAGGGUAGUUCGGAAUCAUUUAGCACUGACAACUUAGCUAAUGUUGUGGAUGAACAAGGUGAUGCUUCCAAUGAAGCAACCAGAACAAUGGCUAGUUCUAUCACAGUAGGUCCAGCAGUUUCUGUAUCUGAGAAUACAUCCUCUCCUCCUGAAGAUGGUUGUCUCAUCCCAGUAAAGGGCAUCAAUAAUCAGGCAAGUGUAAGUUCACCAGUGAGUGCAGCAGAAGCAGAGGAAGCUGUGCAACAUGAAAAGGACAAAGGCAUAAAUGACAAGGAAGAUGGUGGAUCAGAUAAACCUUCAACUGCGAAUAUACCAACUGAUGUUCAUCUAAAUAUCCGAUUACCUGAUGGUAGUAGCCUACGAGAGAAGUUUCCCGUGGCAGACACUCUAAGAAUGGUUAAAGACUAUGUGGAUAGAAACCAAUCAAGUGGCAUGGGCUCUUAUGAUCUCGCCAUUCCUUAUCCUCGCAAGUUAUUUGGUGAUCAAGAUUUGAGUAAAUCUUUAUUGGACUUGGGUCUGCUCAACAGACAAGCAUUAGUAGUGGUUCCGCGUCAGAGAACCUCUGGUUUCCAGGGGCAAAGAACAUCUGCUGACCAAAUAAAUUCUACACCUACUGAAGCCUCUACAGGAAGCAACGGGGGAUAUUUUGCAUACAUCAAAAGCUUUUUGUCCUAUGUAAAUCCUUUUUCUUAUCUUGGCGGUGGUGCCAGCUCAUCAACUACUGAACAGGAAUCUCAAAGUGGCAUUUGGGAAUACAGCCCAAAUCCUACAAUGCAGAAUAACUUGGCUGGAACAAUUAGGUCCUAUUCACCCUACUCACCAAACGGAAGCACUUCAACCGUUAGGGAUGGCAGCAGUAACAGACGACCCACAACCUCCCGAUAUGGCAGCAAUAUUCACACACUAAAACAUGAUGAAGAUGAUGGCCGUUUCAAUGAUAGAAAUCCCUUCUGGAAUGGAAAUUCUACCCAGUAUGGAGGUAAUAGUGAUGGCAAAUAAUCAGGGUCAGCUAGGUUUUUCUAGCAAGGUUUAGCACCUCCCUCAAAUUAAGGUCAAAAGCAUGAUUCGUGCUCUUUAUUACAUGUAUCUAUGAUGCCAAGUAUGAUCCCUUAAUAGAAUUUGAUUGUAUGUGAAUAACUCCAGAUUCAUCGUGCAUGGAUCCACCAUCUGAUGUCUGGUUUUCUGCUAGUUCAUACAGAAGGUAUAUCCAAUAAUAAAUUCACACUUGGCAGUUCUUUUUCAGCUAA